AUGGAUAAGGUUAUGGACGAGAAAUUCAAUCGACUGAACCUCUUACUUCAGGGCGAUGAGGACCUUCAGCAUGUGAACACUCAAAUCAGCACGAGAAUGAACGCCGGAAAGAAAGUUUCCGCACCGGGUCUCCAACACGGAGAAACUAAGGUCCGGAAAACUCCCAAGGGCCGAAAUAUGAGAACUAACGAAUGGACUGAAUGGACACAGGAAGAGGCAAUCGCAAGCUCCCCGGACAGCCCAGCAUGGUGCUCCGCUCAAGGAAUCUUUCCAAAGAACAUCGAUCUCGCCUCAUCUUACUGUCCAAUACUUGCGUUAAGAAACAUUCCCCAUAAGUUUUGUGAUGAUGAAGCCCGCAACAAAGCACUCGCCAAGUUCUUUGAAACAAAAACCCUCUUUGACAGAACCUGGACGCUCCAUUAUCUUUCACUUCCACCGGGAUGUCGUGGCAGAAGACUGCUACUUUUAGUGCCUCUGCAAGAGGCAUACGACUACCUCAAAGAGGUCAACACGGCCCUGUCAUGCGAUGUGGCUAUUACGGAAGACAAGGGUGAGGGUUUCUUUCUUCAAUUUGACGAUUCGAAUUGCCCCAGGCCUACUUUACUAGGGGUUUCAACCUCACACAAGACAAUGGAGGGGCUUGUAAUCGACAAGUCUCGCAGAAUCACAGGCUCUUGGGCGGAUUGGAUGUCCAGUUACCAACCGGCUGUACUGAAAGACCUUGAAGCGAAGAUCGGUGAUGCCCUUUACGCAGAAAAGAACUUGGGACGCAAGGAAAAGAAAGGGAAGAAGAAACGACUCAACGUACUGGAAUACGCACGUGCGGGGGCUGAAUGCAUGGAUCGCCUCCAGCAGUAUUUCGGACUACGACCCACAGGUGCAGGAAUCGGGAGAAGCAUCUCACCGGUAGACGUGGACAGCCCUGCCCCAUGGGCCUAUCCAGAUAGACCCAUCAUUUUCAGCGUGGAUGUCGAAUGGAAAGAAAGAAACGCAACUCAUGUAACGGAAAUCGGCAUCUCGAUUCUUGACACACAGGAGCUAAGGGGUCUCCAUCCUGGACUCCAUGGUACAAAGUGGAUGAGCAAGAUUCGAUCGCAUCAUUUGCGUGUGUCGGAGUACCGGGUCCACAUAAACAAGGACUUUUGCUCGGGUUGCCCGAACAGUUUCAACUACGGCAAGAGUGAGUUUAUUGAUUCCGCAAAUCUCGGGAAGAGAAUAGACGAUUUCUUCUCGCCGCCGUACGAUGGCGGUUCAACCGACCGUUCUCCGGAAUCAAAGAAACGCGACCUUAUUUACCUAGGCCACAAUACCAAACAAGACCUCGAGCAACUUGCUGCCGCCGGGAGUGAGACUUUCAGGAAGAUCUUGUUCAACGGGUCCGAGGCCAUCUUUGAAGAGAUGCUUGAUACUGCCUCACUUUACCAGGGCUUGCGAAACGAUGCCCAACUCACCUCGUUAGAGAAUAUGAUGGCGGGUCUGAAUACCUGGACACGGGACUUACACAAUGGUGGAAAUGAUGCACGGUACACCAUGGUCGCAUUGAUUAUGAUUGCUUUAGAGGCAGCAGGAGAACACGAAGCCGCUGUGGCCAAGGAGUCGCCUCCGGGUUCAAACAUUUGA